AUCGAUCGGUAAGGCUCAGCUCAGCUAGCAUAUUUGAGUUUCUCUCGUGCUCUAGCUACUAGCAACGUCGACAUCAAUGGCUUCUGGUGCCGCCGCCCCGGUUAAGAUGUCCACUGCAGUGACUGCCUGCAUCCUGCUGGCGGUCCUGCUGCCCAUGGCGCCCAAGCUAGUAAUGGAUGACGUUUGUUCCGACCGUUGUGGUACCCUUUGCGACACCUUUGCUGAUGGGUUCUGCACGGGCAACGCCAACGACCCCGGGCUUUGUCCAACGGCAUUGGAGGAGCCAUGCAAGCCCACGCUUGUCACAGGGUGUACCGCUGAAUGCAAUUCAUUCUGCACUACAGGCGGAUUCGUUCCUUGCGCUGCUUAGCUUGAUGAGAUUGCAUGCAUGCGCAUUCAUAAUAAGUAUUAUUGUUUGCACACUGCAGCGUGAACUGAGGGAGGAAGCAUGCAAUAAGCUUCCACGAUGAUCUACGUACUAUCCCACAUUUCCUUACUAUAUCUUCCUUUGUUUAAUUCACAGUCAAGAUUAUGUCGUUCAGAGACCAGCAUGCAUGAGGUUAUUGUACUUGUCCAUAUGCAUAUGGAAACGUGCAGUGUGCCAAUUCUCUGUAUGGUCUUUCAGUGUCUACUAGUAGACAUAUAUGUCAUUGUCAUGUAAUCUCCUCUCGCGGGCUUACUACCAUCAGCACAGCUGAGGAAAGUUGUAUUGAAAUAAAUCAUAUUAAAAAAAUGCAGUGCUCUA